GAUAUAGGCAUGUAAUUAAAUAAAAUUAAGAAAAAAUAGAGCUUUUACAUAUAUAUCAUGUUUUACAGGAAAGAGAAGACAGCAGUCGGGUCAACUGGCGGUUCUCCCUCGCAGUGGCCACUUUACGAGAAGAUGAGAGCCGUACUGUUGCCGUACGUCAGCUACAAUGCCGAGAACUUAGUGGAGGAAAGUUUUCAAAGUUCUACCAACUCCGAACCACUCCAAAUUUCGGUGGAAACGGCUGCGGUUGCUGCAUCGCCAUUGCCAUCACCGAUUUGCCUACCAUCGCCCUCAGCUAUGCCGAUGUCGCCAAGCGAUACUUCUUCGGUACCAGUACCGUCUCCCGAGCCGAGUGAUGCUAUCAAUAAAAAAAGGAAUAAUUUUCAAAGCAUAAUUUUAAAAAAAUUUGAACAAAUAGAAAAGCAGCUCGAAAAAGCAAAUCAGCAAUCCAUUGAAACCAGCAAAGAAAUUAAGGACUUGACAAAAAAAAUGGUUGAAAAUGAUAAUAAAAAAAACCGAAAUGAUGGAACAAUUUAUAAAAGAUUCUAAAGAAACAAAUGAACGAUUGCUUCAAUUUCUAAAUAAAUAAAAAAAUUAAUGAAUAUAAGUAUUUUCUGUUUA